UCCCUCCUUCCGAGUUUGCACAAUGCCAGAUGCGGACUCCAAUGCCCGGCGGGAGCGACCGUGGCUCAUUCCAUCUAAAGGUUCGCCACUUGCAGGCCAUAACUCUUCGCAAUCUCGCCUUGUCCCACGAAGCAACCCGUCCUCGUCGAGGCACAAUUGACGAUGAAGCUCUGCCGGCCACCAAGAAGUCACCUGCUAAGAUGCUCGCUCUGCGCGAUGCCCAUACUACCAUGAACCAUUCAAAAUCUUCUGAUGACCUUCGCCCCAUCCAUGAAUUUGCCUCACCUCUUUCAUCAAGCCCGACAAAACAACGCACCCCUCCUCGUCCCUCGUUUGCCAAGUUGCGCAGGAGAAGCACUCUAGAAUGGGCUGCUUCAACCUCACAACAACGCCAGAGACGUCUCCACGAUGUCUCUGCCCAAAGAAUGGCCGACUUGUUCUACUCUAUACACAUCCCCAAUCAACAAGAUCCCAUCUAUGUCAGCGAGGUGGCUGAGAAGGCCAUGAACCCCAACUUCAGGAACAUCCAUUUCGACUCGAACCAUACUCAACUUAUGAGACUGGACGAGCUGACUCUGAGGUUCUGGGCCAAGAGCGAGUCAAUGUCAAAUUACUGCUUGUUGAUCGACAUGACAUUGAGCAUGCGCUCACUACACUUUCACCACCCCUUUCCACCCAAUUGUGUCGUCUUCCAUCUAACCGACGGCUUCUAUACCGCAUUCACUGAUGCUCGAGUCGAUGAGCCGUUAGAUCCUUUUCAGCAUGGCCCUGCAAAGGGUACAACUUCUCGCACCUUGCCUACCUCGUCCUUUGAUGCUCUACUACGCCUCUCUAAACUCGAUGACAGCGUUCAAGAUGCCUUGACUCUGCGAAAACAGCUUGCUUCUGAAUUAGAAAAGACGUUGCAAGAUAACAGAACAUCGCUGGACGAAAAGACGCAACUAGCAGAGACGACCGACUUCCUCAAAACCAUUGAUUUCGCGACUGCUACGGUCAAAAAGCAGCUAAAAGCACUCGAGCAGAAACGCGACCAGAAGCGCAAAGCUCUUCAGAACCGUAGAGAUUUGCUUGCGCGCGAUUCUGCAUUGCGAAAGGAGGUACUGUCUCAGGUCGAAGCUGGUAAAAACGACGUCUCAGACCUGUCCGUCCAACAUACCAGUAUAAAGGCGUCCAUCACCCAACAACGCCGCCGUAUAACCCACGAUCUGUCGAAGAUCUACCCCAUAAACCCUGUGCCGAAUCAAAGUCUUGCUUUCACGAUCCGUGGAAUGCACCUACCCAACUCAGAAGCAUUGGAUACAGCAACUCUCGAAUCUUUAGCUGCCGCUCUAGGUCACGUUAGCCAUGUCAUCCAGCUCCUCUCACUCUACUUAGGAGCCAUUCUGCCAUACCCUUGCCGGCCUCGCAGCAGCACAUCAACAAUUCUAGAUCCCAUCUCCAUCCUCAAUACCACAAGCACAACCUCCAAAGCCGUCACUGACGACGCCGCCGCUCGAACCUUUCCUCUCUUUNGCAAAGGCGCUGUACGCUUCCGCUUCGAGUACGGUGUGUUCUUGCUGAACAAGGACAUCGAGAUAUUGUUGUCGACGCAUUUUGGUGUCAGGGUGCUGGAUAUUAGACAGACGUUGCCGAAUCUGCUGUACGUGUUUUACUGCGCCACGGCCGGUGACGAGGAGUUGCCCGCGAGGAAAGCCGGUGGUGUUAGGGGUUUGAUGAGGAUGAAGGCACACGGACGUAAUAGUACAGAAGAGGAGGGAUGG